AUGAUAAGGAUAAGAUUGAUGUUCUCUUUAGCCAUGGCGAACGCCAAUUCCUCCCUCCACGGCGCUCUCGAGGGUGUGUCCUCUACUUCUUUUGCUACUUUGCUCAGCUUCUCCUCCACCCUUGUUGUCAUGGCAUUCGCCUUGUGUUACUUCUUCAAAUUCCGAUUGGCAGGCACUGAGAAGGCGAAGCAACCUCCUCUCCCACCUCUCCUGCUGAAACCUUGGCCUGUCGUGGGAAACCUCCCUGAAAUGAUCAAAAACAAGCCCACGUUUCGAUGGUUACAUGAGCUCAUGAAACAAGUGGAUGCUGGCAUUGCUUGUAUCCGCUUUGGGAAUGUGCAUGUCAUUCCUGUCACCUGUCCAGAAAUCAGUCGAGAAUUCCUGAAAAAACAGGACGCUGUUUUUGCAUCAAGGCCCAUUAGCAUGUCCACCGACGUCACCACCAAAGGCUUUUUAACAACAGCUCUCGUGCCCUUGGGAGAUCAAUGGAAAAAAAUGAAGAAAGUUAUGGUCACUGAUUUGCUUUCCCCAACGAAACAUCGGUGGCUUCAUGAAAAAAGAGUAGAAGAAGCCGAUAACCUUGUGCGUUACGUGUAUAACCAAUGCAAGACUUUAGAUAAAGGCGGCCUGGUGAACGUGAGGGUGGCUGCACAACACUAUUGCGGCAAUCUGCCGAGGAAGCUGCUUUUUAACAGGAGGUACUUUGGGGAGGGUAAGGAAGAUGGAGGACCGGGGUUUGAGGAAGAAGAGCACGUCCGCGCCCUUUUCACUAUUCUUAGUUAUCUUUAUUCGUUUUGCAUAUCUGAUUACAUUCCAUGCUUGAGAGGGCUUGAUCUGGAUGGCCAUGAAAAAAUUAUGGACGAGGCUCUUCAGGUUGUUGGAAAAUACCAUGAUCCCAUAAUCGAAGAGAGGAUUCAGCAGUGGAAAAAUGGCGACAAGGAGGCUGUGGAGGACUUGCUUGAUGUCUUGAUUACUUUGAGAGAUGAGCAUGGCAAGCCUCUUCUGACAAUGGAAGAGAUCAAGGCUCAAAUUACUGAAUUCAUGAUUGCUACGGUAGAUAAUCCGUCCAACGCAGUAGAAUGGGCACUUGCUGAGAUGCUAAACCAACCCGAGAUACUUGAGAAAGCCACACAAGAAAUAGACCAAGUUGUUGGAAGGGGGAGACUGGUCCAAGAAUCUGAUUUUGCCAAACUCAACUAUGUCAAGGCAUGCGCCAGAGAAGCCUUCAGGCUCCACCCAAUAGCACCUUUCAAUGUUCCGCAUGUGGCCGUGGCGGAUACAACCGUUGCCGAUUACUUUAUCCCAAAAGGGAGUCAUCUGCUCCUUAGCCGGACAGGGCUGGGUCGGAAUCCUAAAGUUUGGGAUGAGCCACUCAAGUACAAGCCAGAGCGCCACCUCAAGGCUGAUCAUGGAACUCCACUGUCGCUGAGUGAGACAGAUCUGCGCUUCAUCUCCUUCAGCACUGGCAUGCGUGGCUGCAAGGGCGUCUUGCUAGGGACUUCCAUGACUGUCAUGCUGUUUGCUAGGCUGCUGCAGUGUUUCACAUGGAGCAUCCCACCUAACCAGCCAGGGCAAGCCAUCAAUCUAACCGAGGCAAAGGAAAAUCUCUUUCUUGGCAAACCGCUGGUUGCGGUUGCAAGCCCCAGGCUUCCCUCUAAUGUCUAUCCCGCUUAA